UUAUGGACGACGACUACGACAACUACGUGCCACAAAUAUCCACAAUGGAUUGGCAAAAUUUAGGACAAGAUAAUGAAAGUAGUCAGAUGAGAGUUGAAAGCUCGGCUUCCACUAUGGGACCUAGUGGUUCUGGAUCUUAUUUGUAUGGUGUGGCUGGAGCAAGUAUUCCAGUGGCUGGAAGGAGUCAGCAUCAUCAGCGUCCCUUCCCUGGUAUGGGUAUAAUGCCUACACAACCUUUUGGCGUUGGCGAGUAUGGACAAGGACAGGGUUAUCAAACGAACGAUUUCGUGUCUUCUGGACCUCAAUCUCAGAUGAUGAACUAUCAAAUGCAGAGUCAACCUGUUAGAUCUUUUGAUACUAUGAAUCCCAGCUAUAUGGCAGGAGACCCUUCGCGUCAAAAUGUUCUUCAACAGGGCAUAAUUUCUGCUGCAGCCAAUACAAAAUCUACUAAAGGUGCUAGAGGAUCAAAAAAGAGCAAAAAGGCUAUGGCACUUGAUCAGUGUUCAACUUCACAUCAGCUAGAACCACAAGGUUAUAUACUAUACCAAUGUUUAGACUAG